UAUGAAGUUACAGUGGUUUUCAAUAUUUCUAAUCGUACUUUUUGCGGUUAAUAAUCCAGCACAUGGAGGAAUUUUCGACAACAUUAAAAAUGGAGUGAAAUUUAUUAGGGAUUCAAUAGUCUAUACAUUCAAGGAUGUGUACGGAGGGAUUGGAUUCGGCUUACAUUUUCUAAAGCAUGCAAGCGAAGAGCACAGUGAUCAAACUCCGUCGAAUAAUGAAGAGUAUGACUUCAUCGUGGUGGGCGCUGGUAGUGCUGGAGCUACAGUGGCAGCGAGAUUAUCCGAAGUCGAAGAUGCCAAAGUUUUACUUAUCGAAGCAGGAGGCCACGAAAAUCUUUUGUUUGAUAUACCUUUAGCAGGUGUGGCUGUAUGGUUCGAUCCUUUUAUCGAUUGGGGUUACGAAUCCGAACCUUCUAAUGAAUAUUGCUUAGGAUUUAAAAAUAAUCAGUGUAAACUUCGAAAAGGAAAGGUAAUGGGAGGUUCCAGUGUAAUUAACUUCAUGAUUGCUUGCAGAGGUACGAAAAGUGACUACGAUGAAUGGGGUGAAGCGACAGGAGAUCCAGGCUGGUCUUACGAAGGAAUGUUAAAAUAUUUUAAGAAACUUGAAAAUGCCAAUCUUACAUUAGUUGAUGCAGAUCCUAAGUAUCGUGGUACUGGUGGACCUGUCAACAUAAUUAAUGCUCCGUAUCAAACUCCUCUUGCCGAUGCUUUUGUUAAGGGUGGCGAAGAGUUAGGUUAUUCUUCAGUAGACUACAAUGGAGAAAAAUUAACUGGCUUUAAUUACAUACAAACGAAUCAAAGAGGCGGUGAAAGGUUAUCUGUUAAUAGAGCAUAUUUGUAUCCUAUAAAAAAUCGCAAAAAUCUAGUGGUCAGUAUGCGCAGUCAUGUGAACAAAGUGAUAAUCGAUCCUGAUACGAAAACGGCAAAGGGUGUUGAAUUUUCCAAGCAUGGAAGAAAAAUAAAGGUAUUUGCAAAAAAGGAAGUCAUAUUGUCGGCAAGUGGAAUAGGGACUCCGCACCUUUUGAUGUUGUCUGGAAUUGGGCCUGCCGAUCAUUUACGCGAAUUUGGUAUCGAUGUUAUAGCCGACCUCCCUGUAGGUCAACAUCUCAUGGAUCAUGUUGGUUACGGAGGUCUAGUAUUUCUAGUCAAUGAUAGCACAUCAAUUGUUUUGCAAGACUUUUUAAAUCCAGCCAAUCCUACUAUUCCGGAUUAUUUAACCGAACGAAAGGGUCUUGGAACAAUCGUCGGAGGCGCUGAAGGUCUAGGUUACUUUAACACCAACAAUCCGAGCCCUGAUGAUGACAAACCGAAUGUUGAACUAAUGCUCGCAAGUCUUAGUAUACUAUCAUUUUGGCUGGCUCACCGACUUUUCGAACAACCUGAUUAUAAAUUUGAAGAGUUAUGGGGUGAUCAUGUUUACGAACGUGCUUGGACAAUUUGGCCCAUGUUAUUGAAACCUAAAAGUCGAGGAAAGGUUUUGUUGCGAAGUUCAAAACCAACCGAUGCCCCAAGGAUAUAUCCCAAUUACUUUGAAAAUCCAGAUGAUGUUCGAGCCAGCAUCGCGGCUAUUCGUAUGGCAAUCAAGAUUAGCGAGACACAAGCAAUGCAAAAACAUGGAUCGACAUUGUAUAGACGUCAAAUGUGGGGUUGUGAAAAUCAUGAACAAGAUUCUGAUGCCUAUUGGGAAUGCGCGUUGAGAGCAUUUAGCAUUACUCUGUGGCAUUAUUCAGGAACUGCUAAAAUGGGAAAAGAGGAUGACCCGACCACCGUGGUGAAUCCAAAGUUACAGGUAAAGGGAAUAAAGAAUCUUAGAGUUAUUGAUCCUUCUAUAAUGCCAGAUAUUGUUGUCGCGCAUACCAACAUUCCGACAAUUGCAAUUGCUGAAAAAGGAGCAGAUAUAGUAAAAGCAGAUCACGGUUAUAUUUAAUAAUAGGCGUAAACUAAUGAAAUGCAAAAAUGUUCCGAUUGUUACAUUAUUAUAUUUAAAUCUUUAUAGAAAGAAAUAGUUAUGCAUGAAUAAACCGGUACGAAAUGUUCGAUGUGUAUUGUUUGUUAUCUGUAUUUAACUAUUAGACAAAUUUUCAAAUAUACUUGUAUAAGUAAGUUCCAUUCACCUAAUAACCCAAUAACUCAAAUAUGUCAAAAUUAUAUGUCAAAUGUAAAUAUUUAUUGGAAAUGUGCAACAAGAUCCUUAGAACUUAGAUUUUGUCAUGAAACAUGCAUUUGCAAAAUAGCUCGAAAGGAUGAUCCAAUAGCUGUUGUUCAUUGUAAACUUUAGAUAAUUUCGCUAUAUUACCUAAUGUUAUAAUAGUAAUGUUGAAAAAACUAAGCGUAAAAAUGAUUAUUGUUGUAGGUAAAAGCAACAAAUGGAUUGA